GAGACAGAGAGACUCUGAGUCGAAAGACGCUCAUCCAGCCCUGCAAUGCCCAGUAGUACCCCAAGCACCAACGGAAUCAUGCCUGAAGUAAAGAAAGCAGGAAGAAAAGGAUCAAGAGCAGAAGCAAAUCCUGCAGAAAAGGCCCCACCAUAUGAACCCAACAUCGCUGAACCCAAUACUAGAGCUGAGCUGAUGAAAUACUGGAUAAAUCUCUCUCUGGAUGACAGAACUGCUCAGAAAAUGUUGUGGCUCUCAGAAGGUGGAGCCAAAGUGUCACGUAUGUCAGAGGAAGUGUGUCCUGUUCUAGACAGGCCAGAGAGAUAUGAACAUUCACCACAGGUGCUGUGUAAGGAGGGUCUUCUGGGCAGUCGUGGGUACUGGGAGGUGGACUGCGAGGGCUGGGUGGUGACUGGGGCAGCUUGUGAAAGCGCAGGGCGGAAAGCUAAGGAUGGCCCGUGUGGGCUGGGAGAGAAUGACCUGUCGUGGGGUGUGGGCUGGGCCGGAUCCUGCUACCAUGUCUGGCACAACGGAGAGAAUAUCGAAUUCCAGGCUCCCCUCUGUCCCACCAUCGGCAUCUACGCUGACCAGCCAGCUAGCAUCAUCAAGUUUUUCCUAGUCGAAGAUGGAGAGAACGGCUCCAAGGAGGUUAGACUGAUUCAUCGGUUUGCAACCGGUUUCAAGGAGAAGCUCUUCCCUGGUUUCUGGGUGGGCAGGAACUCCUACUGCUGGAUCCGAAAGAAAGAUCAGUAGGGGGUGAACACAUGAAGGAGGGGUUGGAAAGAAACAGGGUAAGGGUGAUGUAAGAAAGAGGAGAGGAAAGUUUGAGAAAGAGUCAUUGGUAGGGAGUAAGAUACAAAAGAAAGUUAUGUAACAACAUAAAUAAUACUACUGAAACUGUAAAUGGAGACUUGCAUUCUAAACCUGAAUCUGCCUGUUAGUAACCACUAGGUUGAUUCAAAAUGUAGUGUUUUAGUAUUUUAACCAGCAACCGAAUUGGUGUAGCAUUAAUCUUUAUACUAAUUAUUUUGAAUAGUCACUGUAUUCAUUUUAUAUUCCAUGUGAUGGCAAACGCAGAUA